CACACUGGGCAUGGCGUCACCGGAAACCAGUCGUUUAGGUAUAAAUUCAUUUCCGCUUAUUGUUAAGGUCCUUUCCUGUCAACGGCCUUUCCGAAGAUGGCGGUGCAAAUCUCCAAGAAGAGGAAGUUCGUGGCAGACGGUAUCUUCAAGGCAGAGCUGAACGAGUUCCUGACUCGUGAGCUUGCUGAGGAUGGCUACUCCGGUGUGGAGGUGCGUGUGACCCCAACCAGGACUGAGAUCAUCAUCCUGGCCACAAGGACCCAGAAUGUUCUGGGUGAGAAGGGUCGUCGUAUCAGAGAGCUGACCGCUGUGGUCCAGAAGAGGUUCGGCUUCCCAGAGGGCAGCGUGGAGCUGUAUGCUGAGAAGGUUGCCACCCGUGGGCUGUGCGCCAUCGCCCAGGCAGAGUCUCUGCGUUACAAGCUGCUGGGAGGCCUGGCUGUCCGCAGGGCGUGCUAUGGUGUUCUGAGGUUCAUCAUGGAGAGCGGUGCUAAGGGCUGCGAGGUUGUGGUGUCUGGCAAGCUGAGGGGUCAGAGGGCAAAGUCCAUGAAGUUUGUGGAUGGUCUGAUGAUCCACAGCGGAGACCCCGUCAACUACUACGUGGACACAGCAGUCCGCCACGUCCUGCUGAGGCAGGGUGUGCUUGGCAUCAAGGUCAAGAUCAUGCUGCCCUGGGACCCCAGCGGUAAGAUCGGCCCCAAGAAGCCCCUGCCCGACCACGUCAGCAUUGUGGAGCCCAAGGAUGAGCACCUGCCCACCACACCCAUGUCAGAGCAGAAGGGGGCCAAGCCAGAGGCGCCCGCCAUGCCCCAGGGAACACCCGUACCCACUGCAUGAGAGGGUUUUGGAGUGUUCUACAAGAUGGAAGCAAGAUCUGUUUUUUGUGUACAAAAACAAUAAAAUAUGGAAAAUACA